AUGGUACACCUGGAGGAGGUUCGCCCUGAUUCUGGCAGGCGCCAUGAGCUCACCAAGGUCGCAGACUGCCCGGACACUCUAGAUGUAGCAGACGAGAAGCUCUACUGCGAGCCGUACGGUGUCCCUCACAAGCGCAUCGGAGAUGUGAUCCUUCCAGCUUUCCUGCAUUGCCAGUCCAUGGGAUCCCUGUCUGACCAAUGGCGGAUCACGGAGAACGACACGCUGCUGGCCAUCUCGCCAGGCCUCUUCCCAAACAUCCAAGUCCUGGAGCCUCUCUUCGCGCUGGCCGGCGAUCCGCUGCCUGCGGAUGCGUCCCCAGGCGGGCCCGUCGAGGGGGCCUGUGCCUUCCGCCAGCGCAUGCUGGAGAUGGAGACGAGCCAGGAGGAGUUGAGUCGGACCGGUAACCGCUGCCUCUUCACCCUCCUGCCGCCCUGGCUGCUGCCCAUGAACGGAGCUCGACGAUUCGGAAAGACAGCGGUUUUCCUCGCGGACCCACGCUACCUCAUCAUGAGGCAGCUGAAGAUGUGGGAGAUCUUCAAGACAUGCAUGGCCAAGAAGGGCAUAUCCGGCUGCCAGGGAUUUGGCUCGCUUGACGAGUCUGAAUUCCUGAGGGCUUACCUCGAGCAGGACUGCAGCCUUUCGGGGGAAGAGAUGCAACGCCUGUCGCGCUGGGCGGUGGAGGAACACAGGCAGCCGGGCAAAGUCAAGAUUUUCUUCGUGGAAGACUUCGUUGCAGAGCCUGAUGUGGCCCUGCGAGGCCUCGCUCGCUUCUUGGGCGUGCCCGACGAGUCCGAGGUCUUGCACCAGGCCAUCAAAAAGCUGGAGGGCCUGCGCCCGCACGGCCUGUUCUUCCCGCGCCAGGACAUGCUGGAGCUUCAGCAUUUCCUGACCAUCACAAUGGACUUUGAGUUACGGCUGGCCGAACUGCCCAACAAACUUCAGGGCGUCUGGCAGGACCGUGUGUCGAUGUGGCCUCAGUUGCCCAAUCUGCGACUUGCCACCUUGGGACAAAGCCUCCAGCGCCACAAGAUGUGGGUGGCUCCUAUUUGGUGGGCGGCCCACAGCGCCGAGAUCUGCAAGCCCUGCAGCUUCGCUCCACGUGGCGUCUGCCGUGCCGGCGAUGACUGCGACUUCUGCCAUGCGCCCAGCCACCGUGCGCCCUUGCGCCGGCCGAGCAAGAAGGAGCGCAUGCGACGCCUGCGCAAGUCCAUGCGGGAGGCAGCUGAAGCUGAAGCUGAAGAGGAAGAGUCGCUGACGAUCUCGACGUCGCCUUCGACCGCUUCCUCAGAGCUCGCCAAGGUGAAGCUCGGGGCUCGAUCGCGCACCCCAUCGCCAGGGGGAUUGUCGAGCUGA